UAUUUUGGUUAGUAGUACUAUUUACAUAUAUUCUGUAAUCUCUUUUUGUUUUUUUUGGGUUUUCCAUUCGACUCCGAUUCAAGAGCCCACAAUUGAACUACUAAAUUGAGUUGUUAUCGCCUAUUUUGGUUAGGUUUUUGAUCCUCGCGCCCAAUCAGCGCCAAAUUUCAAAUUCUCUUUAGGUCGGUUGUGCCCUAUAAAUAGUUCCCAACUUCGCUUCUUCUCAACCCGAUCCCCUUUCACCCCGGCUUCUAUACGAUGACCAUAUCUGAGAGAAGCAUGAACCGGCCCGUCGGAAUCAAACCGGAUCCGUCCAAGAAGCCGGUUUACCUCACCAAAGCACAGAGAGAGCAGUUAGCCCUUCAGGACGAGAUCGCCGAUCAGAAACGCUGCCACGAACAUCUUCAGGCUAAGUACAACUGCCCUUCCUCCGAUAACCACUAUUGCGGCAAGAACCGAAAAAGAGAUAGAGACAGGAACAGUGACAGAGAUAGAGAGAAGGAACCGAAUCGAGUUAGAUUGGAGAAUCCGGCAGAGAAGGAACUCGAAGCUAUUCAUGAGCAAUAUUUGGGAUCUAAGAAACCCAAGAAACGGGUGAUUACACCCAGUGCAAAACUCCGAUCAUCCUUCGACUGGCAGAACUCUGAAGACACUUCUCGUGACGUCAACCCUCUUUAUCAAAACCCUCACGAAGCCCGUCCACACUUUGGUCGCGGAUUCUUCGGUGGAAUCGACAGAAGGGAGCAGAAGAAGCUUGCCAUCAAGAAUGAGAGGGAGAUGCAGGAGGAGAUUUGGAAGAAGGGAGGUGUUGAGGCGACUGCAGUAGAAGCAGCUGCCUUGAAGAAGAAGGAACAAAAUGCUGAUUUGUAUGACACUUUUGACAUGAGGGUUGAUCAACACUGGACAGAUAAGAAGCUGGAGGAAAUGACAGAGAGAGAUUGGAGGAUAUUUAGGGAGGAUUACAACAUAUCCUAUAAGGGGUCGAGGAUACCCCGUCCCAUGAGGAAUUGGGCCGAGAGCAAGUUAACUACAGAGUUGCUUAAGGCCGUUGAGAGGGCUGGCUACAAGAAGCCUUCUCCUAUUCAAAUGGCUUCCAUUCCACUUGGACUUCAACAACGUGAUGUGAUUGGUGUAGCAGAGACUGGUUCAGGUAAAACUGCUGCUUUUGUUCUCCCUAUGCUGAAUUAUAUCACUAGGCUUCCUCCAUUGAGUGAAGAGAAUGAGGCAGAGGGGCCAUAUGCGGUUGUAAUGGUGCCCACACGAGAACUAGCUCAACAAAUUGAGGAUGAGACCGUCAAGUUUGCACACUAUUUGGGUAUCAAAGUUGUUUCUAUUGUUGGUGGGCAGUCCAUAGAAGAGCAAGGUUUUAGGAUUAGGCAAGGCUGUGAAGUUGUGAUUGCAACACCUGGGCGACUUCUCGAUUGCUUGGAGAGACGUUAUUGUGUUAUGAACCAGUGUAACUAUGUUGUUCUUGAUGAGGCUGACCGGAUGAUUGAUAUGGGUUUUGGACCUCAAGUUGUUGGUGUACUGGAUGCAAUGCCUUCAAGUAAUAUGAAACCAAAGAAUGAGGAUGAAGAGCUUGAUGAGAAGAAGAUUUACCGUACCACUUAUAUGUUCAGUGCUACCAUGCCACCUGCUGUAGAGCGGCUGGCUAGAAAUUACUUAAGAAAUCCUGCUGUCGUGACUAUUGGCACUGCUGGAAAGGCUACUGACCGCAUUACUCAGCAUAUCUUCAUGGUAGAGGAAUCUGAGAAAAUGUUUAAGCUGCAGAGGUUUCUGGAUGAGCUUGGAGAUAAGACUGCUAUUGUGUUCAUCAACUCUAGAAAGCGGGUUGACACAGUUGCCAAGAAUCUGGAUAAAUCCGGCUAUAGGGUAACCACACUGCAUGGUGGGAAAUCACAGGAGCAGAGGGAAAUCAGCCUUGAAGGAUUUAGGACAAAGAAGUAUAAUGUGUUAGUUGCUAGUGAUGUUGCUGGUCGUGGAAUUGAUAUACCUGAUGUGGCCCAUGUGAUUAACUAUGAUAUGCCAAACAAACUUGAAGCAUACACCCAUCGUAUUGGACGUACAGGUCGUGCAGGAAAGACAGGUGUAGCCACAACAUUUUUGACCUUGCAGGAUACUGAAGUCUUUUAUGAUCUUACGCAAAUGCUCAUCCAAAGCAACAGUCAUGUUCCCCCUGAACUUGCUAGGCACGACGCUUCAAAGCUCAAGCCGGGAAGUAUUCCUGGCAGACCACCUAGGAGGAAUGAUAUUGUUUUUACUCAUUAAAGUUGGAACUCAUGCAUAUUCUAUCAUAGUGGUCGAGAGUAAAGAGUUCAUAUAAUGGUAUCUGCUGAAAGAUGGAGUUGGUAGAUAUGGUGAAGGACUCCUACAUAGUGCAGUGCACAGAUUGAAGCUUGGGACUGAUAUCCUGUAGAUAAUAAGCAAUUGAACAGGCAUGAACUUCUUUAGCUCCUCGGAAUUAUCCUAAAUACUUUUUAAUAACAAUACAUUUAUACUUUAUUAAUGAAACAUUUUUUCGUUCCUUGCUUGCAUCCUUUUUGCAAUAUUUCUGUCUAUCUUUAUGUAUGCCAACAUUCUGACACCCACCAUUUGUGUAUAUAUGAUUGUUAGCUAGGCUGGCCUUUGCUCUUGUAUUGGGAAUUGGUGGUGGUGGUCGUGGAGGUGUUGCUGUAAACAAAUAUUGGAUAACCUUUUGUUAGUUUGCUUCUUAUGUGAAUCAUGUUUCUGAUUCUCUUGUCUGUUUUAUAUCCUCCCUUGUCACUAGCAUGCUUUUGCUUUUGCUUUCCUUCAGGUUUCCACCGGGAUGUUUAUAUUGGCCGUUGGAAGAGGUACUCUUUUGUCUAUUAUUUUGUUUUGAAAGAAUGAAACAACAUGGUUGGAUUAAACAACAUGCUCUGGCAAUCUAAAUAAGAGUGUCAUGGGUUGCUUUACUUUCUUUUACUUUGAUGAAUAUACAAAAAAUGUUGAAUCUCUCUGCCGUAGAACUUUUUAAGAUUCCAUAAUAGGUUUUAUUAUCUACUUCAAAAACUAAAGGCAAUCAGGGUGGAAAUGCAUCUGUUUGAGAGGAACUCUUCUAUUGCUUCACUAAAAGCAAAUUGUGUUUGGUUCUACUGAUUAAUGGAUCCAUUAACUGAUUUGGCAUGAUAUUUAGGCCCUUGUCACUUUGGAAACAAAUUUAAAUACUGUAUCCUCGCCAUCAUGUGAGAAUUCAGCACUCUCACUGAGAGAAUUUUAGCAUGACAAUACUUUUUCGACUAAGAAAUUCUUAGUGUUGCAAUAAUUGAUCAAACUUUGUGUGAGGAUACAGCCCAUUUCUAUUGCGCAGCAGUACAUAGAAGGAGGAGGUACUCCUUUAUUCUUCUGUAUUACUUUUUGCUCACACUUGACAUAAUAAAUACUACAUUUUAGUUGCAUAUACUACUGGUCUUUUCUCCAGUAUUUUCUUUUCAUACCUGUUUUGAUAUGUUUUACUUGAGCCAAGGUCUAUCGAAAAUAGUCUUUCUACCUCAAGUCCUCUACAGGUAGGGUAAGGUUGCAUACACCCCACCCUCUCAAGACCCCACUUGUGGGAUUUUACUAGGUAUGUUGUUGUUGUAUCCACUUCAUCAUUUGCUUUGAAGUUAGAAGCUUCCCAGGAAAUAAUUCUAUUUGUACAUAUUUUUUUGGAUUGUUCUCAUAUGUCAAUCCUUGAGGAUGAACUCUUAUCUGAAAUAUUUUUAGGACCUGACACUGUCUUCAAGAAGCAGAAGAACUUGUGUAAUGCUUUUAUACUUUAUGUAAAAUGUGCAUCAAUCGUCUUUGUUACAGCUAAUAUGAAAUGUCAUCUUAAUGUUUAGAUCAUGGAAAGAGUUUGGUAGGUAGGAUAAAGAUAUUAAUUUCAGGAUAAAAUUUGGGAUUAACCUUAUUUAUGUUUUAGUUUGUAGUAUUAACUAAUCCUGAGAUUUAUUUAUGGGAAAAUUACCUAUCUACACACCAUUAUUUACUAUAUUUUCUAUUAUUCCUUGCCAUUUUAAAAUAAUACAAAAAUCCCUCUUUUUCCUCCAAAAACCCAAACGUCCGGAUACAUUACUCUUCAUUCCAAACCCACGUUUCCCCACUCCUAUUUUCACUCCUUCAAUCUUUCCCUAUUUUCACUCCCAUAAUAUAAUUAGUUAUCUCCCUCAUCCUAAAAUUUGAAUUUCAAAAGAUUUCUCUCUCUAGUUAAUCAAUUUCAAAUCUGUCAAUAGGUAAUUGUCCUCUCCACUUUGUUGUUCGUUUUUUUUUAUUUUUAUUUUUCAUCAAUUUUUUGAUACAUAUGGAUGAUCCUUCGUUUAGUAGUGGGAUUACCCAAUUAAAUACAUCUAACACUGAUUGAAUUUAUGAUUAUGAUGAUCAUAAAUGGGCUGAAAACAAAUCUAAAAGCUUGCACGAUUCAUUUACAACGACGAAUCAAAAUUCCGAGAAAGCAAAGUCGAAGAAGGAUGUACCUUCAUUGUCUAAAGUGGAUGUGGAAAAAACACCCAAGAAAAGGGGUAGAAAAGUUGCUCCUGUAAUUUCUCGACCUACAUUACCCAGGGUAUCUGUUUCCUAACUGAUACUUUUUUUUUAUUUUUGAUAUCCCCCAUUGUUAGUUGCUUCAAAAAAUUUGAUACAUUGUUGUUAAAGUGAUAUCAUAUUACUAUG